CAUGCCGCGCGCCUGUGCAGACAUUUCAGCUCGUAGCGAUGAUUGAAUCGGCUACUUUAGAUGCAUAAUAAACAAGGAAAUUGUUAAAAAGUAACUUUUCAACUGCUGAAAGCGCGACCCUAUUUUGCUGCAGAUCUGUGCAGAGUCCGCAGAUUAGCAAGAAGAUGGCGAAUUGCCUGUUAAUUCUGCAAACCCAGCUUCACUCUUUAAUGGAGGUUUUGCUCAAAUCGAUCGUGUAUGAAGUGUCAGAAAUUUUCCGAAACAGGAUGUCUGACUCUGAGGACGACUUUCAAGACAAACUCCACAGCAUCUCCCAGAUACUGGUAAGACGGGCCGUGUUUAAAAUCACACAGUGUGCGAAGGACAGUUUCGGGGGUGAAAUGGCGCAGCUGAAAAAGGAAAACGAGAGCCUGAAGUGGAGACUGCAGCUGUGGGAGAAGACGUCGGGAGCAGGAGGAGAUCAGGGACAGAAAGAUCGUGUUGGACACACGCUUCCCUGUGAAGUCACUGCAGAAAUAAAAGAAGAAAUGGACACGAAACUGGAGCUGUCAGGCUCAGAGGCCAGUGCUCUCCUUGAUGCUGGGGAAAGGGCUCCUCUUGAACAGCAGUACGGUGAGGAGGAGUGGGGCUCAAGUCUGAUGCAGACGGAGCUCACUGCCGCAGAAGGGAAAGAGAAAGUCAGUGAGCAGCACACAAAGAGGAGACAGAGUGCCCAGGAUCUGGACUCUGUGCACACGAUAAAGACAGAGCCUGAGAGUGAGACACAUGGACCCUUAGCUUUUACAGAGAAGACUAGUAAUCUGGACACCAAGAAUAUCGCAGAACAUUGUAAUGAACUUGACUGUGUCUCUGUACAAGAGUUCAAAGAAGAAGUGAUUGAGUUUCAUCUUACAGAGCAGGACAUGGAGCCCCAGUUGAUUGACCCUGCAGAGCAACACACUGAGGGACAUGAUAGAGAGAACACAGCUCACUUUCAGCACACAGAGCAAGAUCAUUACUGGGAGCAUUUGCAGUGUGAGAAACCACAGCGAGACCAGAGGAUGAGGAAGAAUCACUUGAGUCCUCACUCAGAUGGAAGGGACAAGCUGCCAUUACAGGAUGGACAAGAACAGCGUUUUUGUAAAUCUAGCACUUCAAAUCCUUACCAGAGCCUUCACACAGGAGAGAGACCGUUCCCUUGCAGGGAGUGUGGGAAAGGGUUUAAAUACAUAAGCAACUUAAUAAACCACCAGCGCAUUCACACAGGAGAAAAGCCGUUCAGCUGCAGUCAGUGUGGGAAGAGUUUUAAUCAGUCAAGCAACUUAAAAAGCCACCAGCGCACUCACACAGGAGAAAAGCCAUUCAGCUGUAGUCAGUGUGGGAAGAGUUUUAGUCGAUUAGACACUUUAAAUUGCCAUAAGCACACGCACACUGGAGAGAAACCGUUCUCCUGCAGUCAGUGUGGGAAGAGUUUUUAUAAUUCAAGCAACUUAGAAACUCAUCAGCGCACUCACACAGGAGAAAGACCAUUCAGCUGCAGUCAAUGUGGGAAGAGUUUUAAUCAGUCAAGUGUCUUAAAAUCACACCAGCGCACUCACACAGGAGAGAGACCAUUCAGCUGUAGUCAAUGUGGGAAGAGGUUUAUUCGGUCAAAUGACUUAAAAAGACACCAGCGUAUUCACACAGGAGAAAGACCCUUCAUUUGUAGUCAUUGUGGGAAGUGCUUUAGUUUCUCAAAUUCCUUAAGGGUCCACCAGCGCCUUCACACAGGAGAGAAACCAUUCUGCUACACUCAGUGUGGGAAUAGUUUUAUUCUGUCAGGUGACUUAAAUACACAUUAGUGUACUCACACAGUACACCGUUCAGUCAAAGUCAGUCUGGGAGGAAUUUUAAGUUGUUGUUCAUCUGUAGUAACUGUGUGAAAGAAACCAUUCAACUUCAAUGUGGGGAGAGUUUUUUGUAGAAAGCAACAUAUUAUGUUUGCUUGACAUUACAUUUAUCUUUUCAGCUUCCAAGUUUAUAUAUGUUGACUGUAGAAAUUCUACCCAACUUUUCUGAAGUAUCACAUUUUGUGGCCUAAGGCCAUGUAACCAGGACAUAGAACUUAUUUUAUCUUUAUUUAUACAUUAAAACACAGCCUCCAAGUAAAUAAUACAUGCUCAGGCAUUCUAACAGUACUUUAAAUCCUCUUAUCAAUAACUAAGGAAAAUCAAGUUAGAAACACUUCAACCUUAUCCAUCCCCUCCCUCAAAAUGGAAGUCAAGGUCACUCUGCCCUCCUGAAUGGAUGAACCUCUUAAUAUCGUUAAUUAUCUUGGAAACAACACACACCACAGACAUGGUUGUCAUCUUGAAUUAAAGAGAACCCCUUGGUCAUUCUGCUUGUACAUUCAGAUUUUUUAAGAUGUCCUACUUUGUACACAUUUUUAUUUAUUUUAUUGCAUUUUCUCUUUUUGUUGUUAAGUUGUAAAUUUCGUUUUCUUGGACUCCUCUAAAAUGUCUACGACCAUGAAAAAAAAAGGUUUGAAUGUGAUUGAACAAGUAUUAAAAAAAUCUGCAUGAUUUUUUUGUAUGAAGACGGGGCAUGAAUUGGUUUUCUCAACCUUGUAAAAAAUGUAAAAUAGAUAAGACAGAUAAUGAAAAGAAGACAAAUUUUACCGUAGUAUUUCAAUACUGUCAGCCCUACAGAGGCUUCUUAUAUUGUUAACAGUUUUUAUUUAAAAAAGUGUUUUGUACACUUUUUAAAGUUUUUUGCACUUUUUCUGGCAUUCUACAGUAAUUCCUGGUGUAUAAAGUAUUACUAAUAAAUGGGUUUAGCAAAAUAAAAUCUACGCAUGCACACUAUAAGAGAGGGGGGUUUAAGUCUCUGAAUGGCUGAAAUUGCUGAAUGACAGCUAUUGGAACCUAUCAAAUGAACUUUUAUCCUAGAGCUGGUUGAUUUGAAUGUAUAGGGCUUUGGCAGCCAUCUUUGUUGCAGAAUGUUUUGUUUUUAUAGACUUAUAGUGAACAUUCUUAUUAAAAUAUUAAAAUAAAUGCACUUCUCAAGGUAAGGUAACAUGUUAUUUAUGUAUUUUUUGCAAACAUUUGCUUUUGCAUUCUUAUAUUGCUGGAGAACCAAUAAAGUAUAGUUAUAUUUUCCUGCUUCUCUAAACUGAAAACAAGAUGAAUGUAACUAUGGGAAAAAAAAUGUUCAUUUGUUUUAUGCUAAUGUAUCUAGUUACAAAAACACAUUUCUGUAAAGCUUAGGUUGUCUUGUGUUAUGUGAUGUGUAGCAUGUGAUGCGUUUCGAUUUUACUGGUAAAAAUGUAUAUUCAACUGAUGUUCAGCUUCUGUCUAAAGUGCUAUUGUCAGCAUUAAACAAUUAGUUGGUUUGUUACAAAAUAGUUUCACUGCAGUGAAAACAAACUUAAUGGUAAUGUUCUGAGGAUAUUGGAUAUCAAUUGUAUUGGCAAUAUUUUGUGAAACAAUAAAAAACUAUGUUGAU